CAGCAUUCGUUUAGUCAGUCACUCCGACUCUGCAACCACAAACUGUACAUGUGCCAACGCUUCACCAGCAAAAUCAGCGUGCAGGUGGAGCCCACUGUGCUCACAGAUUUGGAACAAGCAGAGUUAAAGCCCCGGAAACAUCCUGGUAUCAUAAAGCCCACCCAUGUCGAGCUGCCCACACAACUAAGCAAUGCUCUGAAGUGCAUUGUCGGCGAUCAUCCCGUCAAGAAAUUGCUGCACGAUAGCCAACUGCUUAACCGUUAUAUCAAUUCGCGCCAUCCCCCGCCUACACCUGGUGAGAUCGAGAAUAAGCGCAGACUGAUUGUUGAAGAAGUAAAUGCGAAGAUGUCCUUAGAGCGCUUGGCCACACUCAGCGAGGAGGAAGCCGCGCGCUGGCAACGCAAACGCGAGCUGGAAAUCAACAAACGCCUCGGACAACGCACAUACGCCUGGAAACCUAUUAACUAUGGGCCCUACGAGGCUAUUGUCUAUGCUGUGGCCAGGGGGCCACAAGAGUAUGCUGUAUUAAUGCGUAUCCUCAGUGAGUUAGCGUUAAGGAAUGGAGAGUUCAAGCCGCGCAGCUUCCUGGAUUUUGGCUCUGGCGUGGGGACUGGGACUUGGGCGGCCAGCAGUAUCUGGCGGGACAGCAUAUAUGAAUACUAUAAUGUGGAUAGUUCGCGGCAUAUGAACGAAUUGUCAGAGCUAAUAUUGUGCGACGGGCAGGAAAAUAAGCAAAUCUCGGUGAAAAACGUGUUCUAUCGUCAAUUUUUGCCCGCCAUUGAUACCAAAUACGAUCUAGUGCUCAUCUCACAUACGCUCUUCGAGCUGCCGAGUCUGGAGCAGCGGCGGGAGACUUUGCUGAAUUUGUGGCGUAAAUGUGAUGGUUACAUGAUCAUUGUGGAAGAAGGAACACGGCGCGGUAGCGAGCUGGUGAAUGAAGCCCGGCGGUUUCUGCUGCGCUCCGAACAACAGGAGGCGGCGGGCCACACGUUAGCGCCGUGUCCACACGACCUACGCUGUCCACGUUUAAGCAAUCAGGACGAUCGUACGCCCUGCAAUUUCCCCAUUUCGUUUGUGCCGCUCCGGUUGGCUAGUAAUUCGACUGCUGAUCGUCAAACUGCGUUAUACAGUUAUGUGAUUUUGAAGAAGGGCGAACUCACAGAUGCGACGCAACCGUGGCCCCGCAUCGUGCGACCCACACUCGUCCGUUCCAAACACUCAAUCUGUCGGCUGUGCACCCAAGGCGGCAACCUGCAGGAAGUCAUCUUCACAGCCGCUAAGCAUGGCAGACCUGCCUAUACCUGCGCUCGAGUCAGUCGCUGGGGCGACCGUCUGCCCAUGGCGCUGGGCUCACCACAAGCGAAAACAAAACCCACAAGAGCAGGAACAUCAGGCUCGGAGCCCAACUCAGAGGCAUCUAAAAUCUAGCCGCUGGCAGAGCCAUAGUCGUUAUUUUUGUUAAAGGUAGUUUGUUAAGUUUAUUGUUUUUUUUUGCGCUGCACCCUGCCCUCCAUUAAUUGACCUUUAAAACUAACGCCCAAUUAGUUGCUUUAAUUAUGUGCAAACAAUACGUUGGGCGGGCAACGAAAAUUUAAUUAAAUAGUCACAUUUAAAUUAACCAUAUAUUGUAUGUUUGUCUGCUGAACUUAAUGUUCAUUGAUACCCAGAGACAGUGGUCGGCGCUUGUCAGCUUUCUAUAAGCAGGCAACACACCCUCACCUACAUUUUAAUGGCAAAAAAAGAUAAAAAAGGCUAUGUGUACAAUGAAAAGCGUCGCGACGCUGCCGACUGACUGGGUUGGCCGCAACACUAACACAUAAAUCGAUUGUUGUACAUAAUGUGUGUGUAUAUAAGCCACAAGUUAACCAAUGGCCAGCGUUCUCAACACGCCCAGUGUUAAUGCGAACUAGAAGUCUCUUGCAGUUCACUCGCAAGGCCUUUCCUCCCCAUAUUUAACAUCGGCUAUAUAUUACAGCCAUUUCCUUGGGGUUCGAUUCAACUAUCAAAAUGUUAAUAGACUAAGUGAUAAACACCUCACUAGAUACUUGCAAUAAAAAACGACAAACAUUAAUUAUCAAACGCGGAAAAACUUAUAAUACGAAAACAACAGCUCUCCAAAACGUACUUCCCAUAAAUCUCAUCGAGCAUCACAAACGCCUUAAAAGACUCCAACCGGUUGCCCUUCCAUUCCGUGUAAAUUAUAGUCUUCCGAAAACAUUUUAAUUUUAAUCUUGUUUGUUAUACAAGCAAAAGUAUCCCUCAUGAGUAUAUUAUAUUUAAACCAAUCUUCGUUAUUUUCACAAUUUCUAAUCCACAUCAACAAUAUAAUUGCUAAGUUCCAUGUAAAAUUAGAAAAAUUAAUGUAAUCUUGUCUUUUGUAAGAUGCCACUAACUAUGCAUAUUAACCAAUUUAAUAUCAGUCCUUUUACGAAA